AUGUCCAAGGAGGAGGAAAACGCGGCAAAAGCGACCGACACAAACGAAAACUCGAAUGGAUCCAACUCAGACACCACUUCGUCGAACACAAAGGAACCGGACUAUGAUGCAACUCUGAAGACUGAUCGCGGGAAGCGGUUCGAGUUUCUGCUCAAGCAGACGGAAAUCUUUUCCCAUUUCAUGAACACGGCACCAAGCAAGAGCACACCACCGAAAGCACCGCGGGGCCGCAAGCCGAAGGUGGAUAAAAAUGCUGAUCCAGGUGACCAUCGGCAUCGCAAGACGGAGCAGGAAGAAGACGAAGAAUUACUGGCGGAAACAGCGCAAAAAACGAAAACACUGUUCCGCUUCGAGGCGUCUCCACCCUACAUCAAAGCCGGUGAGAUGCGUGAUUAUCAGAUUCGUGGCCUGAACUGGAUGAUAUCGUUGUACGAAAACGGUAUCAAUGGUAUCCUAGCGGAUGAGAUGGGACUGGGUAAAACGUUGCAGACAAUUUCGUUGCUAGGCUACCUGAAGAAUAUUUGCAAUAAUCCUGGACCGCAUAUAGUGAUCGUGCCGAAAUCGACGCUUCAGAAUUGGGUGAAUGAGUUCGAACGCUGGUGUCCUUCGAUUCGGGCAGUGUGUCUGAUUGGUGACCAGGAAAAGCGCAUAGCAUUCAUUCGCGACGUGUUGAUGCCGGGUGAAUGGGAUGUUUGCAUCACCUCGUACGAGAUGUGCAUUCGUGAGAAGUCCGUGUUCAAGAAGUUCAAUUGGCGUUACAUGGUGAUCGACGAGGCGCAUCGUAUCAAGAAUGAAAAGUCGAAGCUGUCGGAGAUUUUGCGUGAAUUUAAAACGGCAAAUCGAUUAUUGCUGACCGGAACGCCGUUGCAGAACAAUCUUCACGAGCUGUGGGCAUUGUUGAACUUCUUGCUGCCGGAUAUUUUCAACAACGCGGAAGAUUUUGACAGCUGGUUCGAUGCAAACCAGUGCUUGGGUGAUAAUUCGUUGAUCGAGCGGUUGCAUGCCGUGCUGAAACCGUUCUUACUGCGUCGUCUGAAGUCUGAGGUCGAGAAGCGGCUGCUACCGAAGAAGGAGGUGAAGAUCUUUGUAGGAUUGUCGAAAAUGCAACGCGAGUGGUACACAAAGAUCCUGAUGAAGGACAUUGAUGUGGUGAAUGGGGCUGGAAAAGUAGAGAAGAUGCGACUGCAAAAUAUUCUGAUGCAGCUGCGAAAGUGUACCAACCAUCCGUAUCUGUUUGAUGGAGCAGAACCUGGCCCACCAUACACGACCGACUACCAUCUGCUGGAGAACAGUGGCAAGAUGGUGGUUCUUGACAAACUGCUAAUGAAGCUACAAGUGCAAGGAUCGCGAGUGCUGAUCUUCAGUCAGAUGACACGUAUGUUGGAUAUUCUUGAAGAUUUUUGCUAUUGGCGAGGCUAUCAGUAUUGUCGACUCGACGGAAAUACGCCGCACGAAGAUCGGUCAAACAUGAUUGCCGAUUACAACUCCGAAAACAGCACCAAGUUCAUCUUCAUGUUGUCGACCCGUGCCGGUGGUCUGGGCAUCAACUUGGCUACCGCCGAUGUGGUCAUCAUCUACGACUCCGAUUGGAAUCCACAGAUGGAUUUGCAAGCGAUGGACCGAGCACAUCGUAUUGGGCAGAAGAAGCAGGUGCGAGUAUUCCGACUCAUCACGGAAAACACCGUAGAAGAAAAGAUUGUCGAACGAGCGGAGGUGAAGCUGAAACUCGACAAGCUCGUAAUUCAGCAGGGUCGAUUGGUGGACAACAAGACUAACCAAAUAAAUAAGGAUGAGAUGUUGAAUAUCAUCCGUUUCGGCGCUAAUCAUGUGUUCCAGUCCCGCGAUUCUGAAAUCACCGACGAAGACAUUGACGCGAUUUUACAGAAAGGCGAAGAGAAGACGCAAGAACAGAUGGCAAAGCUGGACAAGCUGGGCGAGAGUUCGCUGCGGAGUUUCACUCUCGAUGCAGACAAUCUCGAGAAUCGAUCGUUGUACCAGUUCGAGGGUGAAGAUUAUCGUGAGAAGCAAAAGCUGCAAACUCUUGGUUCUUGGAUCGAACCGCCAAAGCGUGAGCGGAAGGCAAAUUAUGCGGUCGAUGCGUACUUCAAGGAAGCAUUGCGUGUGGCCGAACCGAAAGCACCGAAAGCGCCACGACCACCGAAACAACCGAUCGUGCAGGACUUUCAGUUUUUCCCGCCAAGAUUGUUCGAGUUGCUCGAUCAGGAGAUCUAUCAUUAUCGCAAGACGGUCAACUACAAAGUGCCGAAGAACUCGGAUCUUGGCUCAGAAGCGAACAAGGUGCAACGUGAAGAGCAGAACAAAAUCGAUGAAGCAGAACCGCUGACGGAAGAGGAACUGGUCGAGAAGGAAUCACUGUUGAUGCAAGGUUUCACCAACUGGACGAAGCGUGACUUCAAUCAGUUUAUCAAGGUGAACGAGAAGUACGGUCGGGAUGAUAUCGAGAAUAUAUCUCGUGAGAUAGAGGGCAAGACACGAGAAGAGGUGAUGGAAUACAGCACGGUAUUUUGGGAACGCUGUCACGAACUGCAGGAUAUUGAUCGCAUCAUAAGUCAAAUUGAGCGUGGUGAGGCAAAGAUUCAACGGCGAGCCUCUAUCAAACGUGCGCUGGACAGUAAGAUGGCAAGAUAUCGAGCACCGUUUCAUCAGUUGCGCAUUGCAUACGGAAACAAUAAGGGUAAAAAUUACACCGAGGAGGAAGAUCGCUUCCUCGUGUGUAUGCUGCACAAGCUUGGAUUCGACAAGGAGAACGUGUACGAAGAAUUGAGAGUGGCAGUCCGGUGUGCACCACAAUUUCGCUUCGAUUGGUUCCUGAAAUCUCGUAAUGCACUUGCGUUGCAACGUCGUUGUAAUACACUCAUUACAUUGAUCGAGCGCGAAAACCAGGAAAUCGAAGAAAAGGAACGAUUGGAGAAGAAGAAGAAAACAGGUGGUGGCAAUGUGGCUGGCGUAGGAGGAGGCAGCGUUGGUGGAGGAGGCGGGGGCGGGGGCGGGGGCGGGGCAGCACCAAAGUCGAACCAGAAGCGCAAAGCCGAUGCCACUGCUGUGUCGAAUGACAAGAACAAAAAGAAGAAAAAGUAG